GUGUGCCUGCGCUUGUGUAUAUGAGCGAGGGGCGGGCGCCGGGCGGCGGGGAUGGCCGAGAAGCGGAGGGGCUCGCCGUGCAGCAUGCUAAGCCUUAAGGCGCACGCCUUCUCCGUGGAGGCACUGAUCGGCGCCGAGAAGCAGCAACAGCUUCAGAAGAAGAGGCGAAAGCUGGGCGCGGAGGAGGCGGCCGGGGCCUUAGAUGACGGAGGCUACAGCCGCGGCGGCGCCGCCGGAGAAAAGGGCUCCUCAGAGGGAGACGAAGGCACUGCGCUCUCGCCGCCGGCUGGGACGGCAUCCGGGCCCAUCCGGAGCUGCGCAGACCUGGAGCGGAGCUGCGGUUCCCGCGGAGCCGCGGGCGGCUGUGAGGACGGCUUCCUGCAGGGCGCUUCCCCACUGGCAUCCCCAGGAGACUCCCCGAAGGGGUCCCCGGUGCCUGCCUUGGCCCGGCCCGGGACCCCGCUGCCCUCGCCGCAGGCCCCGCGGGUGGAUCUGCAGGGAGCUGAGCUCUGGAAGCGCUUUCACGAGAUCGGCACGGAGAUGAUCAUCACCAAGGCCGGCAGGCGCAUGUUUCCAGCAAUGCGAGUGAAGAUAUCAGGAUUAGAUCCUCACCAGCAAUAUUAUAUUGCCAUGGAUAUUGUGCCAGUGGACAACAAAAGAUACAGAUAUGUUUACCACAGCUCUAAAUGGAUGGUGGCGGGCAACGCUGAUUCCCCUGUGCCACCCCGGGUGUACAUUCAUCCGGACUCGCCUGCCUCAGGGGAGACUUGGAUGAGACAAGUGAUCAGUUUCGACAAGCUGAAGCUCACCAAUAAUGAACUGGAUGACCAAGGCCACAUUAUUCUUCAUUCUAUGCAUAAAUACCAACCGCGAGUCCAUGUCAUCCGUAAAGACUGUGGGGAUGAUCUUUCUCCCAUCAAGCCUGUUCCAUCUGGGGAGGGAGUGAAGGCAUUCUCCUUUCCAGAAACUGUUUUCACCACUGUCACCGCCUAUCAGAAUCAGCAGAUUACUCGCCUGAAGAUAGAUAGGAAUCCCUUUGCCAAAGGCUUCCGAGACUCUGGGCGUAACAGAAUGGGUUUGGAAGCCCUUGUGGAGUCAUAUGCAUUCUGGAGACCUUCACUACGGACCCUCACCUUUGAAGAUAUCCCUGGAAUUCCCAAGCAAGGAAAUGCAGGUUCCUCCACCUUACUCCAAGGUUCUGGGAAUGGCGUUGCGGCCACCCACCCUCAUCUUCUGUCCGGCUCCCCUUGCUCGUCUCCAGCCUUCCAUCUGGGACCCAACACCAGCCAGCUGUGUAGUCUGGCCCCGGCUGACUACUCCGCAUGCGCCCGCUCUAGCCUAACCCUCAACCGAUACAGCACGUCCUUGGCCGAGACCUACAACAGGCUCACCAAUCAGACGGGCGAGACCUUUGCCCCGCCCAGGACUCCCUCCUACGUGGGCGUGAGCGGCAGCGCCUCGGUGAACAUGUCCAUGGGCGGCACGGAUGGGGACGCCUUCAGCUGCCCACAGACCAGCUUGUCCAUGCAGAUUUCCGGGAUGUCCCCCCAGCUCCAGUACAUCAUGCCUUCACCCCCCAGCAACGCCUUUGCUGCUAACCAGACACACCAGGGUUCCUAUAACACGUUCAGGUUACACAGCCCCUGUGCCUUGUAUGGAUAUAACUUCUCCACAUCCCCCAAACUGGCUGCCAGUCCUGAGAAAAUUGUUUCUUCCCAAGGAAGUUUCUUGGGGUCCUCACCAAGUGGGACCAUGACGGAUCGGCAGAUGUUGCCCCCCGUGGAAGGAGUGCACCUGCUUAGCAGUGGGGGUCAGCAGAGUUUCUUUGAUUCUAGGACCCUAGGAAGCUUGACUCUCUCAUCAUCUCAAGUGUCUGCACAUAUGGUCUGAUGAAGCCUUUAAGUUAAACUACAUUGGAAUCUGGCUAAUGUAUAUUCUUUCUUCGUUUUCCUUGUCUUUUCUUUUUGGAAAGCAAUAUGAAAAGAAACUUAUCAGUAGCUUGUAAAAUGUACAUAUAAUAGAAAAUGAAGGCUCACUGAGCUUUUUUGACAUUCUCAUGGUGAGAUUGUAAUUAUCUUUGGUACAUAUGUAUACUGUAUAUGGCAUGUGGGGUUUUGCAGCCUACAAAACCACAUCCUCCUUCUAUUCCGCCCCCCCAGUUACACAGAGUAUCGGCAUAAAUGUAGUAUGUUUAACCAAAGUUCUCAUACUUUUUAAAAAACCAAACAGCAAACUUAAAACUUGGCAAUGACACAAACCAGACUAAGACGUAUAACUUAAUUUAUCAGGAAAAUGCUCUACACAGUUUCCUACUUGAGGGUUGAUAACCAGCAGUAACCAGCACACAGAGUCUUGUGAUUUCUGUUAUUCUUGGGCACAAUGUGAGAACCUAAGUCAGUAGAAGUCUUAGUAAUAGUACUGAGGUAUCUGUAAUCAUGAAGGAUUAGCUUUUGUGUUCCUACUU